AAAAAACAAUUUAAAUUCCACAAACAAUCCCGUAAAAUUUGUGAAACUGUAGAAAAACGAGAUCACGAUGUUGAAUGGACGGUCGAUACGAAUUGAACUGGUUUGUUGACCCUGACUGAAUGAGAUGCAGCAUGUCUUGGGGGUGGAGCAGCGCACUUGUGAUUCUCAUAUUGGUGAUGAAGUUGUGUAGUGCUUGUCCGGUUUCCUGUUCGUGUAAGUGGAAGAACGGUAAGCAGACUGUCGAGUGCAUCAAUAAGGACCUCUUCGUCAUUCCCGAAGGUAUGGAUUCGAGUACACAAGUGCUCCAGUUUUGCGGGAACAAUCUGCAAACACUGCACGGAGACAAGUUUCUCAAGAUGGAUUUAAUUAAUUUACAAAGGAUAUAUCUGUGUCGAUGUCGCAUUACAAGCAUAGAUGACCGAACGUUUAGGGGCCUAACAAACCUUGUUGAAUUGGAUUUGUCUGGCAACUUGCUCGAGACUGUGCCGACCGAGACGUUCCUCGACUGCCCUUCCCUAAUGAGGCUCACACUUAAUGCUAAUCCUAUAAAGACGUUACGGAGGGCCGCAUUUAACCAUCUGUCUUUCUUAAACACCAUAGAGCUUAGCGAUUGCGAAAUAUCAAACGUCGAAGAGGGAGCGUUCCAGGGUCUAUAUAGUCUCGAGUGGUUGCACCUGAACAGGAACAAAAUGACUACAUUACAAGGCACCAGCUACUUACCGGAGUCUUUGAAGGGAGUCCAACUUCAAGAAAAUCCGUGGGAGUGCGACUGCCACAUACUUGAACUUCACGCUUGGUUGAGAGCUUUCACUAUGCCACAUUCUGUCGAGCCCCUCUGUAAUGGACCAAGUCGGUUGCGGGGUCGCACAAUUAAAUCCGUGCCUGUGGGAGAGCUCGCAUGCUUACCUGAAGUUUCCCCGACAAUGUUCUAUUUAGAGAUUGGAGAAGGCAAAAAUGUGUCGCUAUUGUGUCAAGUGAAGGCAGUUCCGGAGGCACGGAUAUCCUGGACGUUUCAGGGCCAAUUGUUGCAGAACGACAGCAUGAUUGCGCCAGGUGUGCAUCUUUUAUAUUUCAUCGAGGAGGGAGCCGUCGAGAAACGCAGCGAGUUGUUUAUUUACAAUUCCAACACCGACGAUAACGGGACAUUCAUAUGUAAUGCCGAAAACGCUGCAGGCUUGGUGCAGGCAAAUUUUACCAUCCGAAUUAUCGUGAAACACGACCCUCCUGCAGUAACGAACGAGCUCCCUUUCGAGUUCGUAUUAAUUACAAUGUCGGCAGCGGCCAUAUCCGUUCUGCUUUUGUUACUGGUGGUAAUAUUAUCCGUAAUAAGGUGCCACAGGAACGCGCGCUUAAAAAAGAAGCGCAACAAUUCCAAGGUCGCCCUCAGCAACUCCACCAAAGACAAUCUGCUCCAAGACAGCAUCGACGACUAUUCCGAGAGCUACAAAGAGUCGGCCGGAAUGAAGCUGGUUAGCCACGAAGAGGAGACGAUGCUCUACAACGCCCAACCCAGCGAGGAGCUCUUAAGAGCCGUAUCGCCGGUCGCAACCUCUAAUCUGGCGAGCAGCCCCUCGUCCCUCAGACGCUAUCAGUUGGAGCAGAACCCUGACCUCAUUAACGGCACCGAGAGCGUCGGCAGAUUCAGAGAAUGCGAAACUUACCACACGCCCCUAAAGAAGCAUCUCGUGGACUUUAAAGGGAACGACCGUGAUUUAUACGUGUACGCUCCAGACGUUCAUCUUAAUCCCGUUGGAUUGCUGAAUCCUGGAGACGCUCGAUCACAACACUUUAAUGGAAAUUGCUAUAAGACGCUCCCGUACAAUAGGGCCAAUAAACGAUCAAGCGCCGCCAAUCCGCUGGGCAGAUACUCCAGAGAAGCCGAGUUCCUCUCGCGAACUAUGCAGCAUCCGGCGUCUUACGAACAUUACAGUGCAGACGUACGCUACACGGCUGACGGGUAUCCGGUACGAACGACCCCUUCGUACGUACCCUCGCCCAAGGCCGACGGUAACGCGGAACCGUGCUGUUCCACUACAACCACAAUCAACUGGCCGUCGUGUGUUCCAUCGGGUUUCGUUAAAAAUGACAAUACCGUUAAGAGUGUCGGUGCUCAAACGCAGACUGAUGAGACAAACACCAACGUCACCAACAAACCCUUAAGCAGUUCGGUGAAAGUCCAGGAGACAUUAACUGAAAGUCUGGAUGAGGGUUAUGAAGGCGAAACUUUAGAGAAUAACGCCAACUCGUGUCAAAAUUAAUCAUCUUUUAAGACUUUACUAAGUGGAGGUGCACUACAUUGUGAUAACAACUCGAAGAUAUUUUUUUAAUGUUUAACCGACUGUAGUAAUCUCACAAUUAUUUAUUUCUAAGUGGGGUAGUUAGCGCUGUCAUCUUUUUUAUCUAUCUACAGAGCUUCUUACAUAAUUACAUCUUUGGCUUAAAUUUUAAAUAAUAAUUUGACAAAGGAGCUUCUUUAUGUUAAUGGCUUCGAAUCUAUGAAAUUAAUAUAUUUUUCAUAUCGAUGAUGCUGGCUAUAGUUCGCAUUUUCUACACAGAAAAUUGCGGCCAAGUUCACUGGACUUCAAAAUUGUUAUUUUUAACUUAACAUAUCGGUUCUCAGGUAAGGUGAUUUAGCUUCAUAUAAAAGGAAGGAUGUUUGUUUUAGCGCUCACAGUAUCGACAGGGAUUUGAUAAAAUCCCAUGUAUACAUUUUCAACCUUUUAUGCCAUAUAUUUUUUAUCUUUUUAUCUUUCCUUAUAUGUAGCAUUAA